AUGCUCCGCCCUCUCAACCGUCAUUCCGGCGACCUCUGCACUCCCCCCAUCUCCCCCCUCUGCUGGCCCGUCGACCCCUCCGACGGGCACUCCGCCCUGCUCCGCCUCCAAUACAGCACGGCAAACGAGCGCGCCUUCUUCCUGCGCGACCCGACCGCGCAUCCGAUGAAAGUCUGUUCCGCGGAGACGGGGGAGCUGAUGAGUUAUGCGCGCUGGAACUUUUUCCCGGACGGAUAUGAUUUCGAGCGGGACGAGUGUGUGGAUGCGGAGGAGUUUUUGCCCGAGGAGGGGAGGGGGGUGAUGAGGGUGGAGUUGUAUCGGGGGUUGAGGCAGGGGAUGAUGAGGCUCAGAAGGGAGUGGCAACCGAAGGGAGAGGGGUCUUGGGUGUUGAUGUCAAUGGUGACGCGGGAGUGCUGGCGGGGUCAAGGCGCGGCGAAAUUGCUGAUUGAAUGGGGAUUGCAGAGGGCCAGGGAGGAUGGCGUGCCGGCGUAUCUCGAGGCGAGUGUGGAGGGCAAGCCGGUGUAUGAACGACAUGGAUUUCAGCAAGUCGGAGAGCUGGUUCCAUGGGAUAUGCGGCCGCAUGGGAUUGAUGUGACGUUCGAUAUCGCAAAGAUGGCGUACUAUCCGGACAGUCAUGAAGAGCGAUCAAAGUAA